AUGCUAAUUCUUUAUUCCGCGGAUAGAAACAUUGUCAGCAGCGGUCCGUCGGUGGUCCGAGGGCUGGCAUCCGAGAAAUCCAAUGUCGAAUUUCUAAACUCGUUACGAUAUAAUUUCGUCUCUGCGCAGGAGAUCGAGCCGUCACAUACCAACAUUCCAUGCGAAGAUACCCAUUCGCCGCCCCAGAAACUCUCGUAUAGCGACUAUACCACCUGGACGGCCAGGGAAGAAGACACUCUUUACAUACCUUCGCUCGACUUCUCGUUGCCCGGCUUGUCCGAGGACCGUUCGCAGUAUGAUAUAACAGUGAAGCUUUUCUAUUUGCCCGGCGUUCCGGCGCAACGGAGGUGCCAGCAUGCACGCGAAGCAAUUAACCUGGUUCUGAAGGAGUUGCAUAUUAGCUCCAUAGACCUGUUGAUCGUCUCGUUUCCAGAGGUAUCCUUUGAUGCGGAUGAUGACGGGGAAGAGGAAAUUUCAAACGGUGACGAGACGGAGUCGGACUUUGAUAACAUUGUCAAGACGUGGCGAGCCCUAGAGUUGAUGCACGAGCAAGGGACGAUCGCACAGCUUGGGAUCGCAGAAUUCGACAGUUCGCGGCUCACCAAGUUUCUGGCAGAAACCAAAGUCCGGCCGAGCGUUGAUCAGAUCAACGUCAAAGACUGUUGUGUCGUACCGAAAUCGUUAAUCAUCUAUGCAAAGCAGGAGAAUAUCGAGCUUCUGACACAUAAUGAUUGCACCGAUAUCCUGCCACGGGGUACGACCCGAGACUUGCUCUCUCGUGGAGAAAACGGUGCCGGUAUCCUGGCUGCAACGGCAGAUGCCGAUGACGGUGGUAUAAAGGGUGAUAUUGAGCCACAGUGGGUUAUUAAGUAUACUGCCGUGGUGAAGGAUAGAGGCGUGAUUGAAAAUAAGGGUUAUUUCGCACUCGCCGAAGUAGGGCCUUGA